CGACCGAUUCGAUUGCCGGAUUCCGCCAUGUCCGACAUGAAAGAUGGCAACGUUGCUCGUACUGACCUUCGUUGCGAUCGCAAAAACGGUGACUGGCAUUGCUCCGUGCAGAGACUCAACGGUAGAAAGUACUGCGACAAACAUAGCCAAUUCGAACCUCGUGAUAAAGCAAAGUUUUUUUCUGAAAACUCAUCUCAAGAAGCCGAAGAAGAAGACAAAGCUGAGGGACUGAAGAAAGCUGAGACUCGGGCUUCGGUUGAGGCCGUAGAAAGGGAAGAAGAUGAGAUGCGUUGCGUUUAUCGUUGUUGGAAUCCUAGAUUAGGGCAACAGAUCUUGUGCGAAGUACAUUGCAAGUCUGGUCGUCGAACAAAAGGAGAUGAGUCGAGGGUUAGGGUUUCAGAAGACGAGAUUAGUUCGUCUUGGGAGGAAGAAAAUGAAGAGGUUAAGUUGGACAUUAUACCUGAGGAUGAGCUUCGUUGCAAGCGAAAUGAUGGGAAAAAUUGGCGGUGCAAGAACUGGAGAAUCCAAGAUCAGAACUUCUGCCAAGAACAUUAUCUGGUUAGUUCGUCUAAGUGUAGGGUUUCGGCUUCCAAGAAACGGGAACGGAAGAAGGGAAAGCCAAAUCAGAAGGAGAACAUGCGAAAGAAUAAGGGUUCAUCGAUGAAGAGAAAUCGACAAGAAAGCUGCAGCGAUGGUGAAGAAGAAGAAGUAAGUGAAGAAGGAAAAGCAGAAGAAGAAGAAGCACCAGGGUGUCCGAAUGGAUCGGUGGGUUGA